AUGGCCAGCACCGACCCAGAGUCAGAAGAUGCAAUUACACAAGACGAAAUCCAGGGGAUUGCUCCCACGCCAGCAGCUCCGAAGAACGCAUUCACAGAGCUCAUGACACGAAAACGCAAGCCUGAGCCUCCAGCCGCCCCUCCCAAGUCCUCUCGAGGAAAGUUCUUUAAGAGCCGCGACGGUCUCGGUAUCUACAUCGACGAUCCCGCCUCCUUUCCUGCCUCACGUGUCAUAUACCAUAAUGACGAUUUCGUCGCGAUCAACGACCUCUACCCCAAGGCUAGCGUCCACACGUUGCUCCUCCCUCGAUCUUCAGCGCAUAACCUCCUCCACCCCUUCGAGGCUUUCGACGAUCCCGAAUUCCUGGCGUCCGUACAGAAAGAGGUUCUGAAGCUAAAGAACUUGGUGGCCAAGGAACUACAACGAAAAUUCGCCAAAGGCAGCAAAGCCGAGGCGGCGCGAGAGGAUAUCUUGAACGGGGUCGUCGAGUCGGCAGGCGAUGAAUUGCCUCAGGGACGGGACUGGCUAGCCGAUGUCGUUGCGGGGGUCCACGCGCACCCCAGCAUGAACCAUUUGCAUGUCCACGUUCUCUCUCGCGAUAUGUACUCCGGGUGUAUGAAGCAUCGCAAGCAUUACAACUCGUUCAACACCGCGUUCCUGAUCGAUUUGGCCAACUUUCCCUUGCCACCAGACCAUCCAGGUCGCGAGGGGCAUCACCUGAAGAGGGAUCUAGUUUGCUGGAGAUGCCACCGGAAUUUUGGUAACCAGUUCGCUCGGCUCAAGGAACACUUGUCUGACGAGUUUACCGAAUGGAAAAAGGAAUAA